UAGUGGUGCCUCCUUCCUUUUCCCUUCCCCGCAUUCACUUCGAUACGACGGCGCCGGCGCCGCCCGGCCGCCGGCGAUCGUCCCUUUCUCCCCCAUUUCUGCAUUCCCAUCUUCCCUUCGUACGAAUAGUUGCGCCCGCACCCUAUCCUUCAGAUGGCCGGUGCAGGCGACGCUGCCAAGGAAUACGUCGCCGGAUCCGUCGCCGGAAUCGCCCAGGUCGUAGUAGGCCACCCGUUCGACACCGUCAAGGUCAAACUUCAAGCUCACAAUACUACAGCUUAUGGAAAGGUGUACAAGAAUGCGUUCCACUGCACUAGUAGAAUACUGCUUGAGGAAGGAAUUAGAGGGUUGUACAAAGGUGCAUCAUCUUCAUUUAUUGGUAUAGCAGUUGAAAGCUCUCUUUUCUUCGGCACAUAUUCCCAAGCCAAACAAUUAUUACAGGGAAACUAUGAGGAUGGUAGGCCACAUCUACAGGUAAUCAUUCCUUCUGCUGCAUGUAGUGGGGCCCUGAUUAGCUGCAUCCUCACUCCGACUGAGCUGACCAAGUGCAGAAUGCAAGUUCAAGGGAAGGAUGUAAUGCAUGGUGCUAGGUACUCCAGCCCUCUAGAUUGUGCUGUGAAAACAUUGGAAAGUGAAGGGCUUAGGGGUUUGUUCCGUGGUGGUCUGACAACAUUGUUCAGAGAGGCAAUUGGCAAUGCUGUCUUUUUUUGCAGUUAUGAGUACAGCCGAUACUGGAUGCACAAAUAUUUUGAUUCUCCUCGGUUUUCCAGUAGCAGUCAUUUUGUUCUGGCAAAAGAUAUUGGGAUAGGGGUCAUGAGUGGUGGCAUUAGUGGAAUGGCAUUCUGGACAGCUACCCUACCUCUGGAUGUUGCAAAAACUAUCAUACAGACCGAUCCGGACCCUCAUUUGAGCCGAAACCCCUUUCGAAUUUUAAGCAUGGUUUGUAAGAGAGCUGGGAUGGGUGUCUGUUAUGCUGGCCUUGGACCAACACUAGCAAGAGCUUUCCCUGCCAACGCAGCGGCAAUUGUUGCCUGGGAGUACAGUGCUAAGAUUCUUGGUAUAAAGCGAGUAUAGUAUUAAGGUACUCUGCACUUGUCCCGGAAUUGGACUGGGAAAUACACUGAAUGCAACAUUUCUUUUGGUUCAUGGCGUGGAUGUUUUUUCCCCACCACGAUGAAAAAGAGGAAGGCUAUAUUAAGAACUCUGUAAACUUGGUGGCAUCUCUACCGAUUCUAUCUUUGAGUUUCCAUAAAAAAAAGCUGGAAAUGUUGGUCCAUGUAAAUGAGGCAGGUUAAGGUUACCGCUGAGCUGUACCAUGAUAACAAACCUACUUGAGUUGGUAUGGACUCGAUUGUCACCAGAAAGUGGAAACGAGGAUGGCAAGGUGCCUACGUGCUAAGGCUACUGUUUUCCUGUUCUGCAUGAGCUAUGUUUGUGGAUUUAAGGAGAGAAGCUGAUUCUACCAUAUUUUGUAAAAGCUAUGGCUGUUUAGCAUCAUAAUGUUUUUUUAAUUAUUUUACUGGAUUUGAUGUGUGGAUCAAGCGUGUAUUGUUUGUAAUUCCAUUAGUUUCUAAGUGUCUGGUAUAUCAGAAACUACACUGCGAAAUCGCGGUAUUUAAUAAGUUGCGGAGGAUGCAAAAGCAAAA